CAGUCUAGUCCCAAAACAAACUGUGAGCCAUGGAAGCACCAACUUCAUCCGAAAUCCUACCACUAAUCCUCCUCCUCCUCCUCCUCCUCCUCCUUACACUGAUGAAGAAGCUUAAAACCCACAAAACCUCCAAUACCUUUAAGCUCCCUCCAGGACCACCGAAACUCCCAAUCAUAGGAAACAUUCACCUCCUUCUGGGUGACCAUCCCCACCGAAGACUGCGUGACCUCGCCAGGAAAUAUGGCCCUCUGCAUCUCCUCAAACUCGGAGAAAUAAACCAUAUAGUAAUCACAUCCCCAGAACUUGUCACCAAGGUUAUGAAGACCCAUGACAUCAACUUCGCUUCUCGGCCUGAGUUACUUGCCAGCAAAAUCAUCUGCUAUAAUAGCAUGGACAUCGGCUUUGCUCCUUACGGUAAAUACUGGUCACAGCUACGAAAAAUAUGCACAGUUGAAGUACUCGGCGCCAAACGCGUCCAGUCUUUCAGUUUCAUAAGAAAGGAAGAAGGAGAUAACCUUGUGGAUAGGAUCCGCAGGGCGAGGGGAUCGCCGGUGAACCUUAAAGAGAUGUUUUUAGCUUUGACGAGCGCGACUAUUUCUCGGGCGGCUUUCGGGAAGGACUGCGCUCAUCAGGAAAAAUUCCUAAAUGCGACGAGAGAGGCGUUCAGGCACUUGUCGGGAUUUGAUAUUGUUGAUUUCUUCCCAUCGUUGGGGUUCAUUGGCAAACUUACUGGUUCGAGGACUCGGUUGGAGAGAGUGCAUCAGCAUUUAGAUGAGAUCUUGAAUGAGAUUUUGGAGGAGCAUCAAGCAAAGAACUCUCAGGGAGAUGAUUCUGGAGAGGAUAUAGUUGAUGUUUUGCUAAGACUUCAGAAACAUGGGCAGUUGGAUAUUCCUCUUUCGUCGGACAAUAUCAAAGCUGUUAUAUUGGACUUAUUUAUAGCAGGUACUGAUACCACAGCUUCAACUAUGGAGUGGCUUAUGUCUUUACUCAUUAAACACCCAAACAUCAUGAAGAAGGUUCAAUCAGAGGUAAGAAAUACUUUCCAAGGAACAGCAAAUAUAGAGGAGAGUGACAUAAGCAAGCUGCCUUAUUUGAAUCAAGUUGUCAAAGAAACCCUUAGACUGUAUCCAGCAGCCCCUCUACUGGCUCCUAGACUUUGUCGCGAGACAAUCGAAUUAGAAGGCAACACAAUACCAGUUGGAAGUCGGAUAGUGAUCAAUGCAUGGGCCAUCAUGAGGGAGCCGAGAUGUUGGGAUAAUUCAGAGAGCUUUCAACCUGAGAGAUUUGAAUAUACAUCAUAUGAUUUUAAAGGGUCUAAAUCCGAGUACAUUCCUUUUGGUGGAGGAAGGAGGAUGUGUCCAGGCAUCGCAUUUGCAAUAGUUGGCUUAUCUUAUUGGUUUGCACAAUUACUCUUCCACUUUGAUUGGGAGCUCCCUGAAGGAAGAAGGCCUGACGAAUUGGACAUGGAAGAAGAUUUUGGUUUGACAGUAUCUAGAAAAAAUGAUUUGCUCCUAGUUGCCACUUGAUACAAGUAAUCCUCCAAUGCGUAGAAAAAAUAAUAUAUCAUGUUUUCCUAAACGAAAAACUAGUACCUUUACCUUUUGAACCGUGUUUUUAGACAGUUCUUGCAAAAUUUACUUGUACAUCUGUUGUAUGAUACUGUUAGGCCCUAGGCCCAUGAAUGUGAUCAUUGCACUGUUACAAGUUGGCUUUUUACUUGCUGCACACGAAAACGUCGGGAAAAAAUGCUUCCUAAUGCACCAUGUAUGCACAAAUCAUAUAAAAAUAUCCUUUUUAGGAAUUUAUUAA